AAAGCUUUAAAUGAUGACUGUCGCAAAAUAUGUUUUAUAGGAAAACAAGGGUUAAAAGAUUUUUGUAAUCUAGAUAAGGAUUUUUAAGAUAUUUGGAGGUCUGGCUUGCUUGAGACUACAUCAUACAGACUAUUUCUUAUCAUCAUGAGCAGAAAAUCAAAAAAAGUAUAAAACCUAGAGCAUUUCAAACAUGGGUGAUGACAUUACCACAAACUCUAUAUCAAAGGGUUGUUUUCUUCAAAAACCAGUCUUGGCAAAUCAUUCUCAUUCUAAAAAAAGAACCAUAGUUAACAGAAAGUUAUCACCAGGAUUUUUUUACCCAAAACUGGAGAAUGAAAGUCAAACAGAGCGUGACCAGAGAUUUGAAGCAUAUCAAAAUUGUUGGAAUAAAUUAGAUGCAAUGAUUAAAGAUGUACAACAAGAGCUGAACCAAAAAGUUUUCGAUGGACUUCUUCAUUUUUUUGCAAAUGCAUAUCAGAAACAAAGAGUUUUUCCUAUUGCAGAAAUUCCAACAGCUGUUCUUGUUACAGGUGUAAAUUUACCAGAUCAUGAAACUAUUUUUUCUCAUCUUCAAACUGAGUUGAAAGAAAAAAUUACACCAUAUAUAGCUUGUGUAAAAGCCAAAGAAUGUUGUAAUUUGAAGUCAAUGCUAAAGUUAAUUUUUAAUUCAUUAGUUGCAUCAGCUGAUCAAGUAAAAUUAUGUGACCAAACCAUGACUUCAGAUACACAAGAAAAUAAUAAAGAUGACAAUAAAGUUGAAACUAAAAAGAAGUCAUCUGUUUUCAAUCAUUAUACAUUUGAUGAACUUACAUCAUGGUAUAAACACAACUGUGAUAAGAGUGUUAGCGAAGACAAAGUUAAUGACACAAUAAAGUCUGUACAAGAAAAUUCCUUAGUGUUUAUUAUAGAAGAUUUUGAAAGUUUUUCACCCUCCGUUUUACAAGAUUUUAUAUUAAUUUGUAGUGAACAUAUUGCAAACCUUCCAAUUGUUUUACUUUUUGGAAUUGCUACAACAGUAUCUUCUAUGCAUCAAUCUUUGCCUCAUUUUGUAUCGUCUCAUCUGUCUGUUGAAAAGUUCCAAUCACAGCCAUCAAUUAUAUGUUUAACUGAAGUUAUUGAAAAGGUUCUUUUGACAAGUAAUGCUCCAUUUAAACUUGGGCCUCGUGUGUUUCGAUUAUUGUUUGAGUCGUUUUUGUACCAUGAUUUUUUACUAAAAAACUUUGUCAAAGGGCUACAGUUUUCAGUCAUGGAACAUUUUUACAGAAAUCAAUUUAGUGUUCUUAGUAUGAUGAACUUGAGCGAACAAAAAAUAUACAUAAAUAGUUUAACUAAUUCACAGAUUGCCAGUUUUCAAAAUAUAAAAUCUUUUAAGAAUUUUAUAGAAAGAAAAGGAGAAGAGGAGCAAAAGAAUAUUUUAUGCAAGAAACAAGAAUUGAUUAACUUAAGUUUAAAGCUAUUAGAGCAGCUAAAAGAACACGAAAGAGUAUUUUUCCCAUCUGUAAAAUGCUUGUUCAUUAUAACGUGUAAGCUUCCAGGGGAACCUCUUGGAAAAAGGUUAAGGGAUACAUAUGAGUAUUGUACAAUUAGUCCGAAUAUUGCAAAAGAUCAGAUAUAUGCAAAUGCAAUGUCAUUAGUGAGGAUGCUGUCUCGUGAUGAAUUAUUGCCUAUUUUGAUGUCAUGUGUGCAUGUUUUAGAAGAAUCAAGCGAUUGCAAGGAAUUAUUCGACGAUGCUAAAAUACUGACACAAUUUAUUGAUCGUUUGAACAACUUAGAUAAUAUCGAAGAACUAGAAGUUGUUACAGAAAAAGAAAAAGUCAGACCAUUACCUGUAUUUAAAAAUAGAUACGAUCUUCAAGAAAAGAUGAAGUUAGCUGCUAAAGAUAAACGAAAAGAAUCUCCGUAUGAAAAAUUACGCAAUGAAGUUGUUGUUGCUAUGGAUACAAUAUUUAAGAAAAAUCUGCCUUCUCCUCUUGAGUUACCUUUUCAUGAAGUAUUUUAUUACAACGACUUUCAGACUGUGAAACGGCGAUUAAAUGGUACCCCUCGGCUGGCAAUACAAAGAGCACUUGCUACAUCGAGUUUUUAUCUCCAAUGUGAAUGUUGCAAAGAAAUCGAUAGUGAUACUGGGAGUAUUAAAUCUUCUCAUCCUGAUAUAUGCAUACUUUAUAAGCUUCACUUGGAAUGUGGAAAACUUAUAAAUCUAUACGAUUGGUUGCAGGCAUUUAUUACCGUAAUUGAUCCAUCGUUAAUUGAUACAAAAAAAAAGAAAUCUGCAUUGAAGAAGAAACUCGAAGAACAACUUCACGCUCGUUUCAUUCGAGGAGUUUCUGAAUUACAAUUCUUAGGUUUUAUAAAAGCAACUCUUCGAAAAACCGAUCACGUGUCAAGGCUUACCUGGGGUGGUUGUUAGAUACUGAGGAAUGUCUGUAAAUAAUUAUUUAUAGUUAAUAACUAUUUAAA